AUGUCUUUACCCACCGCCGCCGACGUAGUACUCGUCGAUACCAUCAAACUCGCAGCAAACAUCGGCGCAGACUGCUGGGGGCGCACGCGUGAACAGCCCGUCUCCAUCACUGUCCAUCUCCAUCUCAAGCCCUCCUUUCUUGACGUUUCUGGGCAAUCCGACAACGUCGCAGACUCCGUCCACUAUGGGCAUCUCACCAAAGCCAUCUCCGAGCUCUCCGGGUCUUAUACGGAUGUUCAUGCGCUCGUACAUGAAGUCACUCAGAAGGCAUUUUCUCUGGCUGGGGAAAAUGCAGACGCCGUGCGCGUCGUUGUGGGCCUUUCAAAGCUGAUUUUACUUGCGGAAGACUUUGAGGUUGAGGUGAUUACGCCCAGGGGUCAAGACAGUUUGCAGCAGGUUGCAAAGGUGUCUGUCAAAGGCCUUGUCAUGCCGGUGCUCAUCGGUGUCAAUCCUCCGGAACGCCUUGCAAAGCAGAGGGUGAUCACGAACAUCACAUUCUACGAGAAAUCUGGUAUGCACCAAGUGAACUACCCUGCGAUCAUCAAACAGAUAUCAGAGGAGAUCGAAAAUACUGCAUACCUUACACUCGAGAAAUUCGUUCUGCAGAUCGUCCGCAGCGCAUGCAUCGCAUCUGAUGCCAUCGAAGCCGUGACAACACGAUCUCAAAAGCCCAGUGCACUUUCUUUCGCACACUCUUCUGGUGUUGAGAUCACUCGGUACCGCGAUGCAUUCCGAUGGCUGCGAUGA